CAGUUAGGCAGAUAACCGAGAAGAUCUAACCGAGAUGCGACACUUGAACGCUAUGAUAGCCCCGAAAGCACCGUUUCUGGGCCUGCUACUCGCACUCGUGGCGCUGGUCCACUCCGCUCCCGUGGAGGUCGUCUACACGGGCGAGAGCUGCGCCUGUCCCACCCAGUUGGGCUACCAACUGAACGUGCCCAAUCCCCCCAAGCAAAAGAAGUAUGCGGGCGCCGAGUACGGCUAUCGGGUGGAGAAGCCCGUCCAGACCAAGGCCAAGAUCAGCUAUAGCUUCGACUUCACCGUGGAGCAGCCCAGGACACCGGCACCGCCCAAGACCAAUCCCUCCAAGCUGUACGCCAAGGUGGACCGGAUCACAGUCAACAAGGCGGAUUGCCAGGCCAAGAACAAGUCAACCUGCAGCUGCUCGAGUUGCGCCAGCCAAAAGCCCAGGUACGUAGCUCCACCGGUCAGGUCGCCCAACGCCAUCCGUCGUCGCCGGGACAUCCGGCCACCGGGAUCGCUGCUCCGCCGGCGGCUCAUGCGCCAGCAGCAGCUCCAGGAGCGUCCGCCACGCUAUGUGAAGCUGUACAGCAAGGACCUGACUCCCGUCCAGCAGAAGCAGCAGCAGCAGCAGCAGCAGCAGCAUCUCAAGCUUUUCGGCCUGAUUCCGGUGGAACCCGCACAGCCAGUGGCCGCCGCACCCAAGACGAAGAGGAAGACGAAGAAAAGCCAGCCGAGCUGGAUGGGAUUGGGUCGCCGAUUGCACAAGCGCGACAUCAAGGGGGAGUACGAUCUGCUCGAGCAAGAACGCUCCCAAAUGGACCUCACUGCGCCGGAGAUAAUCCAGUAUAUGCCGGAGACCCUGAAUCCGGACUUUAAGCCCGGUCAGUGCCACAUGGGCUGUGGAGCAAUGACAGCGGCGGCACCACCGCCAGAGGAGCCCCAGCCAAAGGAGGAGCAAGUGCCUCCUCAGACUGGACAACCGGAGCACGCGGAACCGUUGGAGCAUCAGAACACGAUUCCGGCCAAGCGGGCCGCCGCCUUUGGCUACUAUCCCGUGCAGAUUCCAUCGCCGCUGAGUCGUCCGGAGGACUACAAAUUCGUGGAUGACUCGCAGCUGAGCAGCCUACUGUCCACCACUUCCGUCCCAGAUCCGCUGGAGUACAGCUCCACGCCGCUGCAGUUUGCCGGCGAUCUGGAAUCGGUCACGAGAAGAUCCUAUGGCGGUGCCUCACUUUUGGGUCUCGGCGGUGGCUAUCCCGUGGAGCAUGUCACCGACUCCCAGCUGGACAGCAUCAUCUCGGGCAUUGUGUACAAUCAUCCGGCCUACGAUCAUCCCCACCAUCAUUACCACUCCACAGAGGGCACCCUGGUGGAUCCGGAGCCGGUGCAAAAGCAGCAGACCACGGAUUUCCUCAAGAAACUAAUCGAUGGCCGCCUGGGCGGCUGGGGAUUCGAUCAGGCCUCGGAACCGGAACAAAGUCUGCACGAGGAUUACGCCAGACAACCGGCCAAGACAUAUGGCUACAAUAGCCACACCCAGAAUGGCUACAGUGUGGACACCUACAGUGCGCCACCAAUCACGGACUAUCUGAGGGCCUGGUUCUAGAAGUCCCACGCAAAAAAAAAAAACCUAUCUUUUAGCGUUAGCUUUACUUUGAAAACCGAACACGAAAACGAUCAUAACCAAAAACACAAAAAAACAGAAUAUAAUAAAUUGAAAAAACAUUGUGGUGUUUCUUUCUUCAUUCACUCCA